CCUUGCCUGGCUUGACAGACAAGUCUGUAAUCCUCAGAUCCCAACUGUGACAUCGCUGCUUUUAUUAUUACUGUUCUGAGUGUUUCAUAUCGGCACAUUACAAACAUUCUGUAAUUUGUGUCUUUCCGCAUUGCAUGCUGAUAUUAACAGACUUUAUGCCAAACGGACCCUAGCUAACUUAUUAACCGGUAACAACACAAGGGCCAUCUGACGGUACACUGAGCUUGUUAGCCAGCUAGCUGCUGAUUCUCCAGUCGAACUGCCCUUUGUCUUUUCAGGAGUGAAGCAAACCAAGAUAGGCGGCUUGGGAACCAAGAUGUCGAACCGAGUGGUGUGCAGAGAAGCAAGUCACGCCGGGAGCUGGUACUCUGCUUCGGGAUCCCAGCUGAAUGCACAACUAGAAGGCUGGCUGUCUCAAGCACAGUCCACCAUCAGACCCGCUAGAGCCAUCAUAGCACCCCAUGCAGGGUAUACUUACUGUGGUGCUUGUGCAGCACAUGCCUACAAGCAGGUUGAUCCCUCUAUUACUCGUAGGGUGUUCAUCCUGGGACCUUCACACCAUGUGCCCCUCUCUCGCUGUGCCCUGUCACCUGCAGACAUCUAUAGAACACCCCUCUAUGACCUGAGAAUCGACCAGAAGGUUUAUGCUGACCUCUGGAAAACUGGGUUGUUUGAGAGAAUGAGUCUGCAGACAGAUGAAGAUGAGCACAGUAUUGAAAUGCACUUGCCUUACACUGCUAAAGCCAUGGAGAGCCACAAAGACGAGUUUAGCAUCGUGCCUGUGCUGGUGGGUGCGCUGAGUGAGUCAAAGGAACAGGAGUAUGGGAAGCUGCUUAGCAAAUACCUGGCAGACCCUUCUAACCUUUUCAUCAUCUCAUCUGACUUCUGCCAUUGGGGUCAACGGUUUCGCUAUACAUACUAUGAUGAAUCUCAAGGGGAGAUCUACAGGUCUAUUGAGCAUCUUGAUAAAAUGGGGAUGGGCAUUAUAGAGCAGCUGGAUCCCAUGUCUUUCACCAACUACUUGAAGAAGUAUCGCAACACCAUAUGUGGGCGUCACCCGAUUGGAGUGCUGCUAAAUGCUGUGGCUGAGCUGAGGAAGUCUGGUCUAGAAAUGAACUUCACUUUCCUGAACUACGCCCAAUCAAGUCAGUGCAGGAACUGGCAGGAUAGCUCUGUGAGUUAUGCUGCUGGGGCACUCAUCGUUCAUUGAGGUCAACUUUUUGCAGGGGCCACUGCAACGCCGCCACCCUGCCCUUACUAUCUAUCGCCAUAACCCGACCUAGACACCCUCCCUCUCACCCCCCUCCCCCAGUUAUGCCCACUAUUUGCAGGAAGGACCUAGACACUCAAAGCCAAUACAGUCUUCUUUCUGUCUCUCCCUCAGCUCUCCUCUGCCUUUUCUCCGCCAGUUUGAAGUGUGUCUCAGAGCUUUUGGUUGAAACAUUUUGCUUGAAGUGCAGUUUUGAGAUUUUGUAGGAGCAAAUGGUUAGUGGAGAUGGGAAGAGUAUGCAGUGUUUUGGCUUGGAGUAAGCAAUGAGAGGGGAAAAAUAAUCUUAUUUAGGUUUUUGCAAGGACUGUAGUCCUCUUAGUUCCCUUUUAUUUUCCUGACUAAACAGAUUUGAGUUGUAAAAAUGCAAUCUUUAUAUUUGGACUCAAUCUGUUCUCUUGUAAUUUGCCUCAGAAUAAGAAUUAAAAUAAAAUUGCAGAUAUUAAUGGAGACUAUUUAAACGUUGCCAGAUGAAAAUGGAGUGUUUUGGCUGACUGCUUCAAGCUACAUGCGAUUUAAACUUUGAAAACAGUGUCAUAGGUAAUUACUACCAUUGCUCAGCAUGUGUUGUAGUUGCUAACAAAGGGCUGCACCCAACAAAGUUCACUAACCCCCCUUACUGUACAAAACCAAAAACAAUAUUAUUAUCCUUUUAGUUUAUUAAACACAAUAUUUUAAUCAUAUUUUAUUCCUUUUUGUUUUCCUUAUUUAGUAGUUUUAGAUGUGAUGAUAUUUACUCAAUUAGUGUGUAGGUUUGAACAAAAGCCGAGUCGUCACUUGAGCUCUAAAGCCAUCAGCCAGUUUGCCCAGUAAACUAGUGUAUACAAACACCGCUUCCUGACUACAAUCCCAUGCUUUCUAGCAUGCUAGAGCCAAACUGCAGUUAUGUAGAAAUACAAUCAACGGUGGAUAUUGUGUGCGUGACUCCAUCUAUGAGACGUCCAGUCUCCGUUUACAACUCCACCCCGACUUUCUGUAGUUACUGAACUGUCAGAAUAGGAGAAAGACAGUUUUGUUACACAUUCAGCAACAUUUCUUUUUGUCUAAACAACAGGCAAAGCACUGAAGACCACAAUGACUUGCUUAAAUAAGAUCUGUACCUCUCCCCAGUGCAAUGCGUGGUAAACCUUAUCUGGAUUUUUUUUGAUUGAGGAAUGCCAAAAUUUAUUGGAAAAAUGUAAGUUUUCAUCCUUAUAUUUGGUUUACAGUUUGGAGAAUUCAUUUCAGAAUUACUAAUGAGACAGUGCAAGUGUCUCUUAGGCAAGUACUGUGCACAAGGCAAUUAAAGAUGGCUCGAGUAUUAAUAUCAGCACAAAUGCUUUCCUGGUAGUUUUAACAAUCUACCCGGUGUUGCUCCCUGCUACGUUUUGGAUUUAUCGGAAGUGUCAAGCACAAAUAUUUUAUUUACUAACAAGCGAAAUAGUUGCUGCCUGAAAUAAUUCAGUUUCCAAAAGAAUGCUACAUGCAGACCCCCCCCCCCAGUGAUUUUUAGUAGCAGUUUAGGCUUUUAGUACCAGUAACGAUAAUAGGCACACAAAUGUCUGCUGUCCUGUUGUUUAAGAUUGGAACGUCACUUUUCUCUGACUUUUGCUGCUAAAGUUGAAUAUUCCUAUUUAAGCAAAGCAGUCCUCUAACAUUAGCCCCUCCCCUCUUGGCACCAAAAGAGGCACCACACUCAGCAUUAAACUACAGCAUCUGUUCGAAUGAAGUGGGCACAGACUGAAAGAUGAAAUCCCAGAAUGGCUUGACCUCUAUUGCUAAUUUAAGGGAAACUAGUAAAGCAUGACACACUGUGCUAUUGUGCCUUUUAUCACUGUUGCACAUAUACAUAUAAAGCAUAUUCUCACUUUUAGUCUUAUUUUAGAAUGUGUACUUGAGUUUUGUUUUUUCUCACGUGUACCCUCCCCUUUGCCUAUUGCCCGACGGUGUCUCCAGCUCGCCCGACACACCAGGAAUAUUCUACCUGUCCCCCCGUCAUCCGUUGGUCUAAAAUGGCACCAACUGUUAUCUCCUUUCUCCAGCAGGGAGUGGUAUUCCUCUUUCUGCUAAUCACCUCAUUCCUGUAGAGAGAGACAAAGGCUAAACCUCAACACUGUUCAUUUUCUGUUAUAUGAAUAUUUGUUUGUCUUUUAGAAAUGUUUUUUGUAUUUCUUGUUUUGUUUUUUGUUUUCUUUUCUUGGUUUGAGAAUUGGAACUUACACGUCACAGACCUAAAAAUAUACUACUUAACUACUCCCUUAAUGGAGUUUUUUUGAUCUCAGGUUCCACUGGUAAAGCAUCCCAAAAGGCUCUUCAGAUGAGGCCGAGGAUUCAUGUAACAAAAUGAGUAAAAUGUACUGAAAAGCU